AACUGACGUACGACGUGUUCAAACUGCUAAAAGACGAAAAAAUGCGGUGGAAAAAUAAAUUUAAGAAGAUAAACCAUGAUUGUGAAUUAUCGAUAGCUAUAUAGAGAUGCAGUGCGAUAUAAAGAAAUCGAGCGCGGAUUCGAAGAACGACUAUCAAAAACUUGCUUCAACAGAGCCAAAGUAUUCCGAAACAGAGGUUCCAACGGAUGAUGUGCCGCUGUUGUCAAACAUGGAACCUACGCAUGAAGACACCAUUGUCGUCACCGGUGUUUCUAACAAAGAAACAGAACAACAUGCGGAUGAAAAUACUUUAACGAGAGCUGCCAGUGGAAAUAACAACGAUGUCAUUUCCAAUGACAAGCAAAUCACUGAACUUAUGUCUGAAAUAGAGAUCGAAACACCACGAGUGCAUGCCGGAAGUAGUCUCAAGUACGCAACUAUUGAACAGAGUCUCUCUACGGAUGCCGGUAAGACUAUCUACGCAGCCCGUCCAAGAAGCGGAAAUCAAGUGAAGAAGUUCUCAUACCAACCGCCGCCGACAGGAAGCGAGGACAAAAUCGACAUCGUCCGUAAAAUGAGCGAGUCGUCGGCGGUGGAAUUUGUUCCGUGGCAGAACGUGGGAUCGUACGCCGAGCUGAAAAAGACGCGGUGCCAGCGACUGUACGCCACUUCCGGUAGGAGCGACGACCUUGCGCUCUUCUACCACAAUGGCCGCUUCUACGUCAUAGAUGCGUGGUGCACGCAUAUGGGUGGCCCCCUGUUUCAAGGCGAAAUCGAGGACUACAAUGGCCGCUGUCAUGUGAUGUGCCCGUGGCACUCCUAUAUGUUCGACCUUGAGACUGGAAAGAACGAGAUGGGUCUACAUCAAAAGGUAUUCGACCUGAAAUAUGAAAACGGCCAUAUCUUUGUGCGCUACCACACGCCUUUGAGUGUGGAGCCAAACAGAAAAUCAUCAAACGCCGUGAUAAAUUUCCCGCCAAAGAAAGGGAAAAUGACGGGCGAGGAAGAAAAGGCGCCAACCCAAAGGAAAACUUCGAUUUUGGAAUCCCCACUGAGACUGUGAUUGUAUUAGAGGGGUUUAAUGCAUGUGCGUAAAGUGUCGUCCUUGAUUAGCCCGUGCUGUCCGCACAGGCUAAUCAGGGUCGACACUUUCCGCCUAAACUAGAUUUUAGCUAAGAAGAGACUUUCUUUAAACAGAAAAUAUCAUAAAAGCGGAAAGUGUCGUCCCUGAUUAGCCUGUGCAGACGCACAUGCAUUAUGCCCAGUUUUCUCAGAGCGCGACUCAAUAGAUCAUCCCAAAAGAAUAUUGAUAUUGUUACAUAAUACUGUGAUGUUGUUUGAUAAA